CCAACUUUGACUCUCACUACUCUCUUUCAGCUCAUAUUUUGCUUACAUUUUCCUUGUUGCACAUGCUUCAGCACCUUCCAUUCCCCUGCCCAGCUACUUUCACUCCUUUCUGAACAUGGGUUCCUCCAACAAGAAGAAGAAGUCUUCUCGAGAGGAUUCUAUAAACUUCGACAUUCCGCGGUUUUCAGAUUUUGACGCACCUCUUGCUCAAAACUCUCAACAAGUGAGCCAAGACUCAAACCAUUCUUGGAUGAACCAGUACCUUACGCCUGCCUUGACUUCCGAGACCAGGGCCGAAAAGUCGAAUACCCCACGUUCUGAAGCACCCGACGCAGGGACUGGUCACCAUGAUAACCGAUUAACCAAGAAUCCUCCGGGCCAGUUCCGGGAGCCAUCCUUAAGACGCGGCUAUGGUAUGGCUUACGAACCACCAAGAGUUUUCGACAAUGUGCCAACCAAAGGAGCAAGCCAGAUUGCAUGUAAUAACUCCCAGACCAUGGAGUCGCUUCCAGAAACAGAAACACAAUCUUCAAUCUCAGCUCCGCGGGGAUCCCUUCCUAACAGCCAGCAUCCACCAACGACUAACAACAACGACGGCAGCAACAUGUAUGACCUGAGUCGGCCUCAAGCUAGACGAGGUGAUCUGCAACCGGCCGGUUAUCGUCCUGUAAUUAUGCGCCCUUCCGGGGCCUAUGGGCAAAGGACCACCAACGAAAAGCAAAGCCAAGCAUCCGAUGAGAAACGGACAUCAGAGAUCGUGAUAGAUCCAGGUCACUACAAAAAGCCUGAACAGAAGGCACUUCUGAGGGCUUGUCUGGAGCUCCAAGACUUAUAUCUUCAUUCCGAUGAGGAGGCUCAAGAAUUCCAACUUGUGAAGAAUGGACCUGCGGCGCCAGAUUCCGAGCUCGAUGCACUCGUUGACCAAUGGAACAACUUGUAUGCUACAAAAUUUUGUUCUGCAAACCGAAACCUCUUGGAGGCAGCAGGAUGGAGAAAAGCUACUGAGCAGAGUCGGAAUAGUUCUCCCACUGAUGCUCCUCACAAUCCUCAGGGCAGCCCUGAGAGCAAUCCUCAGAGCAAGCAAGUAGCCAAAGAAUUGGACUUUGAAGGUGCUAUCUGGCCUACUGUCAAAGGUGAAUUGCUGGAGUUCGCAGAGUCGAGAAUUCUCCGCUGGGCUGAAGACAAGCUACGGGAAAGGAUGGAGGCACUGGAGUCCCUGACCCGCCCGCCCCUUUUGAAGGCCAACAGCUCUCCAGAGUCUUACCAGACGUAUGUGAGAUACCUCAUGGAUCGCACAGAGGCUGCAGGAAAGAACUCCACUGCAAUCCGAAAUACAGAGGCUGUUAUGUCUAUGGCGCUGGACUUUCUACCUGGUCUAGAGGAGCGCCUGCGGGAUCAGCUCGAACGUGUGGUCAAUAAGCAAGAAGAUCGCCCCGAGGUUGAGAUCAAACAUGACCAGACUAAUGAUGCUGCUCAUGACGAGGGUAACGAUGAUUCUGGAAGUGCUCAUGAGAAUCUUGAAGAAGAUUAUCAUGACAAUGAUCACGAAGUCCAAGAAGCCCUAGAAGAGAAUUAUGAUGAGGACGAAGUUAAGACGAGACUUGAAGAGGGCUCCGAAGAUAAUGAAGAUGAAGAUGAAGACGUCGAUAUUUUUGAGGAGGACUAUGCCGAAGAAAGCGAGGAUGAUACCUACAAAGGUCCUGACGAACCCAAUCGGCAGUAUAGGGGAUCGGUCCUAGAGUCCAUCGAGCCUCGUACCCCGAUUGUCACCCCGCGGUCGAUGGCUCAACUCCGUCGCUACGAGCAGAGAUACAGGGAUGUGCUUAGAACUGCCAAAGCUCAGAAAGGAACAGCGGCCGCUGUACUUCGUUCUGUGGACGAAGAAGAACGAGAACUGGUGUCACGAAAAAGAAAAGCAUCAGAUACUGCAGAGCCUGCUCUUGCUACCCGAAGCAAGUUGAUGGGGCAGAGGCUCGCUGCAGUGAGCACUCCGACCCCUGUGGGUAGAAAAAGACAACGAUUCGAUGAAAGCCAAGGUAGUCCAGCAUCCACAGCUUGUUCGUCCGAGCUUCCGUCUCUGGAGGAUAUAUUCAGCUCGAGCAUUGGUCGAGCAUCUUCUGCGACAACGCAACCACCUACGGACUCAUCAAGCCCUGUGAUUCGAACGAACAAGAGGAAGAACGAAAGAAGGGACAGGAGCAGAAGCAAGAUCAAAAUUUCCCUUGAACUCGGGGACACCCCUACUGGUGCUGCUACUGCCUCCAGGCCUGUUAAGAUGACAGGGGCGUCACCUGGCCUCUUUGUGACACCUGAUCCUGGGAUACGACAGGCUAAUACACCCUUUGUCUUUAAGCAGAGUGCCUCCAGACAUCCUGUUCCAGAGGAACGGUUUCGUGAAGAGACGGCCGAGUUCCAGGCUAUGACGCCUGGUGCUCGGGAAUCGAUGCUCUACACAGCCCUGCGAGAGAUGCGCCGACGACAAGGAUAG